AUGAAGCUCCUUUUAGCAAUCCUUUUAGUAUCUUCUGUGUUAGCAGCAAUUCCAACUAAAGUGACAAAUUGCAUAGCCAAUCCAUCAAUUGUUUUUACAGAAGCAACAUUUAGUGUUUAACCAUAAAAAGGAGUUGAUGAAACUAUUACCCUUUAUGGAACAGCUAAUGCUCAUGCUGAAUUAACUAAUGUUCAAUUGAAAGCCAAAUGGAAUGAGGUUGAAGUCAUGACAGAAGAUUUUCCUGAAGAUGAAAUAUACGACAAGGAUGACAAAGUCGUAUAUACAUAGACCAAAAACUUCCCAACAUUUACUCCAUCAGGAAAAAUCACCACACAAUUCUAUUUCUAAAACGCUAAAGGAACAAACUUUGCAUGCGCAGAAAUAUCAUUUGUUUUGUGAACAUAAAUUCACAUAUCAUAAUUUAAAUUUAAUCUAUUUCUA